AUGGCUGAAGCUUCCUCGACCGCACCCGCCCCGGCCUCGGCCCCGGCCCCGACCCCGGGUUCCGACUCCCCAGUCUCUAUUGUAGUUGUCGGCAUGGCCGGCUCCGGCAAAACGACAUUCAUGCGACGCAUCAACUCAUACCUCCACGGCAAGAAGGAGCCUCCUUAUGUUAUCAACUUGGACCCUGCGGUUCUUAACGUGCCCUUCGAGAGCAACAUCGACAUUCGCGACUCCGUCAACUAUGAGGAGGUCAUGAAGCAGUACAACCUGGGGCCGAACGGUGGGAUUCUAACGUCCCUCAACCUCUUCGCCACGAAGGUCGACCAGAUUGUCAACCUUCUCGACAAGCGCGCGGCACCAGACCCGGCGAACCCCGACAAAAAGCCUAUCAAGAACAUUCUCGUCGAUACCCCCGGCCAGAUUGAGGUCUUCGUAUGGUCAGCCAGCGGUACCAUUCUUCUCGAGUCACUCGCUUCCUCCUUCCCGACGGUCAUCGCCUACGUUAUCGACACCCCGAGAACCACAUCCACAAGCACGUUCAUGAGCAACAUGCUGUACGCCUGCAGUAUCCUGUACAAGACCAAACUGCCCAUGAUUUUGGUCUUUAACAAGACCGAUGUACAAGACGCCACCUUUGCGAAAGAGUGGAUGACGGACUUUGAGGCUUUUCAGGAGGCGCUUCAGAGGGACGAGAUGAGCGACACGAUCGGCGGAUAUGAGACGGCAGAGGGCGGCAGCGGUGGAACGGGAUACAUGGGCAGCUUGCUCAACUCCAUGAGCUUGAUGCUCGAGGAGUUCUAUUCCCACUUGAGCUUCGUGCCCGUCAGCUCCCGGCUGGGAACGGGCAUGGACGAGUUCUUCGAGGCUGUGCAGGAAAAGGCGGAGGAGUUUAAGCAAGACUACCUGCCUGAGCUGCAGCGCCGGAGAGAGGAGCGUGAGGAACAGAAGCGCAAGACUCGUGAGCAAGAGCUGGACAAGAUGAUGAAGGGCAUGUCAGUAGAUGCCGGCAAGAAGCCGCGGGUUGUCAAGCCGGAUGACGACGAUGACGGCAUCGAAGUCGCCAGCGACGUUGACGACGAUGACAUGCCGGACGACGAGGAUGACAGAGAGGGUCUCCAGGCUCGGUACGAAGCGGCGAUGGAGGCUGAGGGCGAUUCCAUCAUGGCGGACGGCAGUUUCGCCAAGUACCUGCAUACCCGCCAGGCAUGA